UCGCGUGAGCGUGCACGACUGCUACUUCUUGAACGUAUGACUCCGUCUGUUUAUUUGCUCUCAGCUCACACCUGUUUACACACAGACGCUUUAAUUAGUUACGAGCAAAAAUAAUAACAAUGUGUACAUUAGUGGCGAAUCGGCCCGUGGACCUGAACGGCCCUGAAGCAGCGGCACGGCAGCAUGCGCAAGCAGUGGUCAGAAACUACAUUUCCCAGCCCAGACUGACUUACUCCACUGUGUCAGGUGUUAAUGGACCAUUGGUCAUCCUGGACAAUGUCAAAUUUCCACGUUAUGCAGAGAUUGUGCACCUGACUUUACCUGAUGGGACCAAGAGGAGCGGUCAGGUGCUAGAAGUGAUUGGCACCAAGGCUGUUGUCCAGGUAUUUGAAGGAACCUCAGGUAUCGAUGCCAAGAAGACAGCAUGUGAGUUUACUGGUGACAUCUUGCGCACACCUGUGUCUGAAGACAUGCUUGGACGCGUCUUUAAUGGAUCUGGUAAACCAAUUGACCGCGGUCCUACUGUUAUGGCUGAGGACUAUUUGGACAUCAUGGGUCAGCCCAUUAACCCUCAGUGUCGUAUCUACCCGGAGGAGAUGAUCCAGACUGGCAUCUCUGCUAUUGACGGCAUGAACAGCAUUGCUCGUGGACAGAAGAUCCCCAUCUUUAGUGCUGCUGGACUGCCGCAUAACGAGAUUGCUGCUCAGAUCUGUCGUCAGGCUGGUUUGGUGCAGAAAUCAAAAGAUGUUAUGGACUACAGUGCGGAGAACUUUGCCAUUGUCUUUGCUGCUAUGGGGGUCAACAUGGAGACUGCCCGUUUCUUUAAGUCGGACUUUGAGGAAAAUGGAUCCAUGGACAAUGUGUGCUUAUUCUUGAACUUGGCCAACGAUCGUACCAUUGAACGCAUCAUCACCCCACGUCUGGCAUUGACCACGGCGGAGUAUCUUGCCUAUCAGUGUGAGAAACACGUGCUGGUCAUCCUUACGGACAUGAGCUCUUAUGCGGAAGCUCUGAGAGAGGUGUCUGCUGCCCGUGAAGAGGUGCCGGGUCGUCGUGGUUUCCCAGGUUACAUGUACACUGAUCUUGCUACAAUCUACGAGCGUGCUGGAAGAGUGGAGGGCAGAAAUGGAUCAAUCACACAGAUCCCCAUCCUGACCAUGCCUAAUGAUGAUAUUACCCAUCCAAUCCCUGAUUUGACUGGAUAUAUCACAGAGGGACAGGUGUAUGUAGACAGACAACUGCACAACAGACAGAUCUAUCCUCCUAUCAACGUCCUGCCGUCUCUCUCUCGUUUGAUGAAAUCUGCUAUUGGAGAGGGAAUGACUCGCAAGGAUCAUGCUGACGUCUCAAACCAACUGUAUGCAUGUUAUGCCAUUGGUAAAGAUGUUCAGGCCAUGAAAGCUGUGGUGGGUGAGGAAGCUUUGACACCUGAUGAUCUGUUGUACCUGGAGUUCCUGCAGAAAUUUGAGAAGAACUUCAUUGCUCAAGGUCCCUAUGACAACCGGACUGUGUUCGAGACACUGGACAUUGGUUGGCAGCUGCUCCGAAUCUUCCCCAAAGAAAUGCUGAAGAGAAUUCCUCAGAGCACGCUGGCCGAGUUCUACCCGAGAGAGUCCGCUGCCCGCCACGGCACCUCCUAAGACCUUCAGAAGGCCUUGGUCAAUCAUCACAGGGCCUCUGUGCCCCCAAAAUCUCAUCUCAGACCCCUGUACCUUUACCACGAUACAGAAAACUGUGAUGUUUAGAUUAUUGUGGCAUAACUCUGGGUUCUGACACACUUAUGAACUAUACAUGCAUAAUGGUUCCAUAAAUAAAUGUUAGUAAACCCAUAUGUUAUGACCCCCAGAGAUUAUUCCAGAGUCCCCCAUUGUUGUGUUAUACAUGUUUGUAUGUAUUUCAGUGUGUGGAUAGGAUGUGUAAUUGUGAUUGUUGUAUCCUAUGUUUGCUUUUGUUUUGGUUUACUGUUUUGUUUCCAAAGAUGCAAACUCUUGUAGUUCAUUUUUUUUAUAUUUAUAAAUAUAUAUAUAUAUAAAUAUAUUAAUCACUGUCCCCAACCUAAACAGACUUUGUAAACCACUUGAGCUCAAGUGGAAAAAUUCAGGGCUCACUUGCACCCGCACGUUCUCUUCAACUAUCACUGGAACAUCUUGCGCACACCAUAACCACGCAUCAUACCAUAUUUUCCAAACAUUCCAAUGUAAUAACUGAAACUAUUUGGUUUACCUUAGAACAAAUUAAUAAUGGCUAUUGACUGAAGAUACUGUAUGUUUUAUUUAUUUUUAAUGUUCAAAACAAACUUUAAUGAAAGCCUGAACACUGAACUGGGUUUCUGGUUAGAUGACAGACUGGUAAUUAUAGGUGUUGAAUGAUCAUAUAGUGUGUGGCUAUCACUGACAGUGUUAUUUACUUUUAGAUGAGGAUAGAGGAUGUUUACCCUGGCUGUGCUUUUAAAUAUAUAUAUGUGCUGCGAUUACAAUAAUGAUUAAACAUCCCAACUCUUAUUCUGUAUGCAUAAACGUGUUUUACCUGUGUUGACUGCUGUUCUGUCAAAUAUAAUUAAAUUAUAUUAGUAUCUUUG